AUGGACCUCCGUGUAACCAUGAAACCUCCAUGUAGAGUGGUUGGUCCUUAUGUGGAUUUACUCCAUGAAGAAAAAGGCUGGUCAAAUUCAAAUCUUCGUGCUCGGCUGUUCCUAGAUAUUUCUGAUGCACGUUUGUGGCUGAAAGAUUUAGAAGACUUGGUUAUAUCCCUGAAUUAUUUGGCGCUACAAGAUGAAGAUGUUGUCAUGCUUAUCCAGCUUGUUUUUAUGUUGAAAGGUCUUCACGGACAGGAUGUUAAAACGGGAAUUCCCGCAGCAGUAUACAAGCUUGCUGAUUUCUUUAAAUACAUUCAAAGAUCGAGAGGAUUCAUACGAUUCGAUCAGGGGCAUAAACAUGCAUUCCGUGGAGGACCCUCUAUGGACCUCCGUGUAACCAUGAAACCUCCGCGUAGAGGGGGUAAUUUUGUAAUUUCAACCCAUCCUUUUUUAGAAAAACAACGACUCCUAUUAUGGUCCUCACUGGUCCCCCGGUUGUCUUCGUCACUCCGCAUCGGUGUUGAUCGACUUCUUUUUCCGGUGACGACUUCAAAUCCGGUGAAAUACGCCCUCAAACGACGACCUAUUCUUGCGAAAUCGAUUGAUCCUUAUGUGGAUUUACUCCAUGACGAAAAAGGCUGGUCAAAUUCAAAUCUUCGUGCUCGGCUGUUCCCAGAUAUUUCUGAUGCACGUUUGUGGCUGAAAGAUUUAGAAGACUUGGUUAUAUCCCUGAAUUAUUUGGCACUACAAGAUGUAGAUGUUGUCAUGCUUAUCCAGCUUGUUUUUAUGUUGAAGGGUUUUCACGGACAAGAUGUUAAAACGGGAAUUCCCGCAGCAGUAUACAAGCUUGCUGAUUUCUUUAAAUACAUUCAAAGAUCGAGAGGAUUCAUACGAUUCGAUCAGGGGCAUAAACAUGCAUUCCGUGGAGGACCCUCUAUGGACCUCCGUGUAACCAUGAAACCUCCGUGUAGAGGGGGUAAUUUUGUAAUUUCAACCCAUCCUUUUUUAGAAAAACGACGUCUCCUCUUAUGGUUGUCACUGGUCCCCCGGUUGUCUUCGUCACUCCGCAUCGGUGUUGAUCGACUUCUUUUUCCGGUGACGACUUCAAAUCCGGUGAAAUACGCCCUCAAACGACGACCUAUUCUGGCGAAAUCGAGUAUAUACGACUUCAAAUCCGGCACCGAUGAAGGGCAAAUUCCCCAAUGUUUUGGCCGAUGGAUACGGUUCCCAGAUAUUUCUGAUGUACGAUUGCGGCUGAAAGAUUUAGAAGACUUGGUUAUAUCCCUGAAUUAUUUGGCGCUACAAGAUGAAGAUGGUGUCAUGCUUAUCCAACUUGUUUUUAUGUUGAAGGGUCUUCAUGGACAGGAUGUUAAAACGGGAAUUCCCGCAACAGUAUACAAGCUUGCUGAUUUCUUUAAAUACAUUUAA